AUGUCAAUUACCCCUUCCUCCUCUUGUCUUGACUCUCCUUCCCUCCCCUCCACAACCGGCCUCGGCAUCCGCCUCUCCUUCUACCUCCUCUGGAUCGGUCUCAUCCCCGCAACGCUCCUUCGAACCCGCUCUCCGGCGCCCUAUACCGUAUUACGGGCCGCACACGCGAUUCUCUGUUCUGCCGUGUUCAUCGGGCUCGCUAUGAAAGUGGUAGCCUCUUCUCCCGGUUCAGACACAGAUACAGAUACAGAUAAGGUUGGAUUCGGAGCGGUGGAGGUAUACAUUGCGACUUUGCUAGUUAGCGGUACAGCGUACAUCACGCUGGGAGUAGUAUUUUUGGCGGGGGUAAAGAGAUGUCUUUUGAGUCCUGGUUCUGGGACUGGGACGAGGGAGGAGAAGGAGAGGCGGAGGGGCAGAGGUGGGAAGAAGAGGAGGAAGGAAAGUAGUAGGGAUAAAGGAGUGAAGGAGAGGGAGGGGUGUGAUUUGCUGGUUAUCAUGGAGUUCAUUCUCCUGCUGAUGGUGUGUGGGUUUCAGUUGUGGUUUUGGUGCUCUGGGGUAGUUGGGUUGGUAAGAAGGAGAGAUGAGAAACUUUGUGGGAAGCCGUAUGGGUUCUUGUUUGCCAAAGUGGAUUUGGGCAGUGUCGCGUUCAGAGCGUUCAAUAUAGCUGUGGUGUUGAUAGUGUUGGUGGCUGGGAUGGUGAUGGGAGUGAGGAGUUUGAGUGAUGGUGGAAGUGAAGAGAAGAAGAGAAGGAUGAAAAAGAGGAAGAGAGAUGGGCCCUCUAACAGCUCAAACAUGGAUCAACUCCAACUCCUCUUUAACCUCCUCAUCGCCACCGCCGUCCUUGUAGCCAUCGAGCUCUCAAUUCACUGGAACCGCGUCACCUCAGAAGUCAACAAAAUCAACACCGCAUCGCAACUGAUUCCCCUCCUCUUCUGCCUCGUUCUCAUUGCAGCUUGUAUCGUCGAUUGGUUCUCUUCAACAUCCAACAGCAGUGGCGAUAGGAGCCGUUCCAGCCGGAGCAGCGGCCGGGGAAGCCGUACCAGUGGGAGUGGAAGCGGUGGUAGUGGCAGUGGUGGAAGCAGGAGGAGUAGAAAAGAAUCCCGUCGUCCUUCACGCUCUCCUGCGAGCAGCAGUAGUAGCAAGUCAAGCCCAGGACCGCCGCGACCGAGCAAUUUCUUUCCUCCCGCACCACCGCCUCCAGCAGCUGGGCCAGGAGGAUUCCGGCCUCCGAUGCCGCCGAUGCCCGGUAUGCCGCCACCACCUCCAUUUCCACCAUUCUCUGGUUCAGGGCCUCCAGGUCCUUUUCCACCACUAGGAUCGGCAAUGUUUGGCGGCCACGGAACGCGAACGGCGAGUGCCACCGGUAGUUAUUCAGGCAGAGAAUCCGACCGACAUUCCGAGCAUGAAUCAGGCGAUGAUCAUUCGUACCACUCCCAUUCCGAGCACGAGGAGGAUCAACACAGCGAAGAUGAUUACCAUCCAGAUAGUAUCGACGAGGAAGAACGUGGCGGAGGUGGUGGUUCGGCGCCUCCACCACUAGCACCUGCACCGCCCGGCGCGUUUCCCUUCCCACCACAACCGCCACCACCAGCACAGUUCCCAGGUGCACCUCCUCCACUUCCACCCGGCUUCGGCCCCCCGGGAGGAGGAAGAGGAGGGGCUCCGCCUCCCGGCAUGGUGGGAAGAGGAAGCGGUAGUGGGUCGCCGACUUUCUUUCCUUUUGCUCCUCCGGGCGGGGGCGCAGGGAGGGGGAUGAUGGUUCCGCCGCCUCUUCCGCCGGGGUUUGGUCCUAGGUAG